AUGGAGAGGAUUUAUCAGGCUAAGAGGUGCCCUGAAGAGAACAGACUGUCAUAUACAGAGUAUUUACUUUCAGGCGAUGCUAGUCAUUGGUGGAGUAGUGCUAGAUCAUUAUUGGAGAGUACUAAUGUUCCAAUCACUUGGGACACUUUCAAAACCAAGUUCUAUGAGGAAUACUUUCCUAACAGUGUGCGAUUCGCCAAAGAGGUUGAGUUCUUGCAACUGGUUCAGGGUAAUAUGAUAGUCUCAGAGUAUGCAGAUAAGUUUAAACACCUGUUGCGGUUUCAUACCCUGGCCAUGAAUGAGGAAUACCAGUGUCGGAAAUUCGAGAAUGGGUUGAGAAGCGACCUCAAGAUCUUGGUUGCUGGCUUUUGUAUCCAACAGUUUCCCGUUCUAGUGGAGAGAACUAAGAUGAUGGAACGGAUGAAGAGAGAAUCGGACAGCCAGAGUAGUCAACCACUGAGAGUUAGUGGUCCAGUGACGAUGAGGAGUGGAUCCAGUUCCAGAGUGACUCCUUACUCUAGACCUGCUGCUUCCCAUGGGUCUAGAGGAUCUUCAUCAUCUCACUCCUCCGUUCAUCAAACUCCAGUGAGUACGCCUGGAGGUAUCCGCUGUUUUGGGUGUGGCGGACCUCAUCUACUAUCUGUCUGCCCUCAGAAGACAGGAUUCCGGAGGUGUAACAGGUGCGGACAGCCGGGACACUUUGAGAGAGACUGCCCUAUGGGUAGGAGGACUGUUGUUCAUCCUCAGCCGGUUGACAGAGCUAUCCAGAGGGGUGGUGUUAGACCCUUGGCGACGGGUAGAGUGUAUGCAGUUACUGGUGCANAGGCUGCCAGCUCAGGUAANCUCAUCANUGGUAGCUGUUUGUUGCGUGANNANNCUUGUAUGGUAUUGUUUGACUCGGGNGCAACACAUUCCUUUAUCUCGGAGGAAUGUGUUGAGANGUUGGGAUUANCUAUGGAGAGAUUGCACUUCGAUCUGGUAGUGUCUACACCANCAUCUGGGUUGAUCAAGACAUCGANUGUCUGCAUUCGAUGCCCGAUUGUGGUAGAGGGACGUCGGUUCAAGGUGAACCUCAUCUGCUUGCCUUUGCAAGGAUUAGAAAUCAUCCUUGGUAUGGAUUGGUUAUCUACCAAUCAUAUUCUCUUAGAUUGCGGUGAGAAGAAAUUAGUAUUCUCUAAUGAGCACGAGUAUUAG